AUGGUCCACCAAUCCCAACGGCCAUGGUCCUGUGACCGAUGCCACGCCCUCAAGGAACGCUGCCGCUGGACGCCAGGCUCCUUCCACUGCGAACGCUGCUCCCGCCUCGGCCACCUCUGCCAGCGCGUCCGCCCCCUGCGGAAGCCCGGCCGCCCGUCCCGAGAUUCCCUGCGUCUCCGAGCCGGCGCCGGCCCUCUGUCCAACAAGAAGUCGUCCAACGGCCGCGCCGGCCAACCACCAUCAAUACCGUCACCCGUGGCUCUCUACUCGCACCGGAGUUCCAGCAGCGCCUCGCCCACGGACCGCCUCGCCACCGUCGCCCAGACCAGGGCCCCGCUGGUCCGCAAUGUCAGCGUCAAUGGCGACCUGUCGGGCCUUGACCUGCGCCUGCUGGACCGCAUCCUCUUCCGUGACGAUUUUCUCGAGCAGUUCGUCGUCGGCCCCAGCUUCUGCGAGUCGCACCGCAAACUCCUUGUCUCCCGUCUCCUUUCCUGCAAGCCCGCCCUCCAGGACUCCUACCUGGCCUUCGGCCUGUUGUGGAGCCACGAGCCCAGCUUGCUGCCCGACGGUCGUCAGCUCAACGACAGCUUUAAGCGCGCCUCGUCGGCCCUCUCCACCCUGCGCUCCUUCCAGGUCCGCGACGCCCACGACGUCUCCGUGUGCCUCGUCCUGGGCCUCACCAUCCUCAGCUUCGCCACGAAACUCGGCGCCACCGACGCCCGCACCAUCUGCAACCAAACCCUCAGCCUCGUCAAGCCCAUCUACAAGUCGAAGCCCUGCCCCGACCCGGCCGACUAUGGCUUCAUAUACUGCCUUGUCUUGACCGACAUCGCCGAGUGCCUGCUCCUGACGAAGCUGCCGACCCUGCGACUCGAGUUGCCCCCGGGCACAGACUACGUCGAUCGUCACGUCGGCCCCCUCGCAACCCUGCUCCCUCACCUGCACGACAUCUGCGAGCUGAGCAGCGCCAUGCUGCACGGCAGCGCCCCCGGUGCCCCGGCCUGUGACGUGGCCGAGGCCCUCGACGCCCUCGAGCUGGCCAUUCACGCUUGGCGGCCCCCCAUGCCCAAAGGGCUCGCCGCGCGCUUCUCCGCCGCCGAGGUCGCCCACAUGGUCUGCCAAGCCCAGACCAUGCGCGCCGCGGCCAUGCUCAUUCUUCACCGGCUGCGGCAUCCGUUCGGAUCCCAACUUGAAUCCGCCCGCGCGCUUUCCUCCACCAUCCUCACUCAGCUCGACCUGACCGUCCGGGCCACGGGCAAGGUCCCGCGGUGCGUCGACCUGCCCCUCAUCAUCGCCUGUCUCGAGCUCGAGGAUGAGGCCGUGAGGGCGCGCUGGCUGCGCAGCAUGUCGCCCAUCGGCGCCUACUCGUCGCCCUUCCACGAGCGAAUAAAACGCAUGCUCACAACCGUCUGGGCGGGACGUCGUCACUUCUCCGCCAUGUACUGGUACCACUUAGGCAGCUUCACCUCGCUGAUACCCGACCCCCGGUAG